AUGUACACGGUGAGUCUGUGGACAGCGGCCUUGGCAGCCACCACCACUCCGUUCUGGACCUACAGCACCGUCUACGGACCCGAUGGCGCCUGCCAGUGUGUCCCGUCGUCCAAGCAAACGGGCGAUGCGGUCUUCGCGACCAAGCAAACGUGUUUGGAACACUAUUCACAGCUACCGAACGAAUUCUGCACAUACAAGGGCCAGGGAAUCAAACUACAUUUACAAGAUGAUGUUAUCAGUUUCUUUGGACGACGAACUUGUAAGUCGCUAUACAAGUCUUUGGCUGCUUCGCCACAACGUUACGAAGAAUUUCUGAACGACGGGUGCGCCGUCAAGGGCUCAAUGACAUUCGAAAAAGGGUUGCGAGACUAUGUUCUUAAAGGCCUUUUGGACCCAGCAUAUUUAGUUAGCAUUGAACGAAGAACAGAUGGGGACUUGGCACCCCCGGAAUGCAACACCAAGACCACCAAGUGCCCCGAAACCACCGGAUUCCGGACCACGGGCGAGACGACUAGUGAAGAACUAGGACUGACAACAGGCUCGGCUGACUCCACCACUGAAGCAGCCCAGUUAACAAUGGAAGACACAGGGAGCAACACGACUGUGCCCGGAGACGACGAGGCUUCCACUGACAUCGGCGGAAACAAGGAGGAAAAUGUUCAACUUGACCCGGGCUCCACCACCGUCUCCAGCGCCGCCAUCGGUGCGGUUGCUCUCACUGGCGUCGGGAUCAUGCUGCUCAAAAGUGGCGUUAUUGCUGCUACUCCUGAAGCCGACGGAUUUGCGUACAUCCAGCCCCGUCAACAUGACGUCUUUCAAAGGGAAGCCGUAGCAGAAGUUUCCUUAGACAUGUUUGCCUGA